UGCAUUGUGCGGUCCACGAACCUUAUCAGUGUGGAGACACAGGUUGCUUGCAACGGAUACCCAGCCGUAGACGAAUCGGUCGUAGGCCUCGCUGGUUGUCGAGCAGAGGAGAUAGGUGACGAUGUCUGGAUAGGUUACCGACGCCCACGGUUGGAAAUUCUUGCUCCAUUUGUGUUUCCCCGAGGCAUAUGGGUCGAUAUUGUCAAUCAAAGCACAUUCUCGUCGCAAGAGUUUCUUGAAACAACCUCUAAUGAGCCCCGAAAGCGAUAGUGAACCCAUCCAAGGUGGCGGCGUGCCCGGAUGAGGUCACGUGGUCGAAAAGACGCAGGGAGGCUGAGUUGCGUUGAAAGCACUUCGGAAAAGUGAACUCCCACCCCCUUCCCCUGCAUAAUAUUAAAAACGAAUUCCCAAUGCGGAUUAAAGGGGGAUUUUGUUGUGAUGUUACGAGCAAUUCCGUCGAGCUAAUAAGGAUGAAGAACGUGGGAGGUGCUGGGCAUCGAGGGGAAGUCUUGACAAAUCCCGAACUCCUUUUGUGUUCGUAAAGGGCGCGCGACGACGCUGCGAGUGAAAGCGGCAGCGAGCAGCCGAGCUGGAAGCGCCUAGCCUAGCCUAGCCUAGCCUAGCCUAGCUUAGCUUAUCUUAGCUAGCUCGCGAACGAACCAGCAGCAAAGCCGGAGCAGGUGAGCGCAUCCUCGGUCGCCAUGGAGGCUGGCGCGCCUCCUCCAGGACCCCCGAUCAAGUCCAGGCCCUCCGUCAGAAAAGAGACCGUGCGUGACUGCGGAGCGCAGUUUGUCAAGAGGCUCUUACGGAGCAGAAAGGAUCUUUGCCGUCUGGACGUGGAACUCCCGUCCAGAGGUGGCGCCGUGGUCGCAGAGAUUCAUUUUGUUUGUCUGCCCGGUCAGGAUGAAGGAGACGUUGCUGUGGAUCAGGCCCUGGCCUCCCUUCCGGCGGGGUUUGGCGACAUGCUGAAAAACUUCCACGUUCACGACCUGAGGAACGAUGAAGUCCAGAUGCUGAAAGAGUCGCGCGGUCCGAUGGCGAGCAAGGACCCCGGGCCUCAAUGCCGGCUAAAGGCUGUUUGCGUGCUACGCCACAACUCCAGCGCCAGCGGGCAAGGCACGUCGUUGGCGGGCCUUCUCGGGCGCUACGUCGCCGGCAUCCGCUACGCCGCGGAGCUGCAAAGCUCCCGCGGGGAUGAGGCGAGGCGGUCCGAGGAAGACGACACCAAUCGGUCCGUCUCGUCCAUCGAGGACGACUUUGUCACCGCUCUGGAGAAUCUCGAGGACGACGAAAUGGGAGACGGCCCUCCUUAUCGUCCUUUCAAAAGACGUGAUGCGGCGUCACAGACUGUGCCUGCCCACCAGAGACGAAAGGAACUAUCGGGCUCCCGUAUUAUCGUUGGUUCGUCCUCAACGAAGGAUGCGGCCGAUCGCAAAGCGGGCCCGGAGGUUUCGGUCACGGUGCAGAGGUCCUCUGGCGCGGAAACGCAAUGGACUUAUUGCAGUCCCGGAGCUCGUCUCCCCUCGCCGACCGUUGGAGUCAGUCAAUCUGAAGAGUCUGACUGCUCCAGCCCGAGCCCCAUCAUUUUUCUCGACGAGGUGGGCUAUCAGAAGAGCAUGUUGGCCAAGCUGGACAUCCCUCAGGUCCCGGGAGGUCCCAGAGAGAGGGUGGAAGACUCUGACUCUGAAGUGAGUGAAUUCUUUGACAGCUUUGACCAGUUUGACGAUCUUGAAGAUUUCAGUUCGGAGAGCGGCACUCUCACGCUGCCAAUGGAUAACGACGGCGCUCCCGCAGUACAGACAAACGGCGUCAAAUCCGGCACCGCUGGCUCGGCAUCCAAAUACAUCUCCAAAGGCUGCUCAACGAAAGAUAUGUAUCCCCACUGCUUUGAUCAACCCAUUCUCCCGGCCAAUGUGAAAAAACCCACUCCCCUUAAGCCGGGCUCCCCCAGUGGACCACACUCUGAGGUAACGGACUCCGAACGACCAGUACAGAGUCCGUCUGAGGACAAUGGCGGCCCGCUCUUCAGUCCCAUUAGCUCCUCUGCAUUUAGCCCCCUGGUGGAUUCAAGUGGUGUGCUGGAAUAUUUCUGGAAGAGAAGUGAGGACGGCAGCAACAGCACCGAGUUACGAAAACCUCAAGAUCUCUGUUCCUUGUAUAAGACCUACUCUGACUUUGCCAGCAGUCUCUCCAAAGAAAUUCUUGGAUCUGUCUGCGGGUACCAGUCCGCCAUAGACAUGACUGACAACAAGAAUCUCACUUGUGUAUGCCAAAAGGAAUUCACCAACUCCUCAGGCCACACAAUGCGGCUGUCUGAAAUCCAGGAGACUGUAACGGUGGCGGGAUUACAGAACUCAUCCCAGUCUUUGACGGAUGGUAUCCAGAGGUUCGCUGCGGACCUUGUCGAAAUGAGCCUGGGCAGUGCCUUGCGAGACCUCCAAAAAGGUGUGUCUACUUGCACCACCACUUUGUGUCAGCUCGCUGCGAGACUCACCUCCUCAGUAUUUCAGAUGGCCUUCCAUGAGAUUGGCAUGCGGCAGGCCUACGUGUUGAAGGAGCGAGCAGUGAAUGGCUUAGCAAACUUCUUGGUCGGGGAGGCAGUAUCUGGCGCUCUAAAGGAGUUCUUGACUGUGAAAAAGCAGAUUUUCCAUAGCACGGUAACACAGUUUGCGGCUGAUUUAGCUGAAGAGCUGGUGUUUGAAUGUAUUAUGGAGGUGUGUCAGUUCUCCCACCCGUCGACACCUCUAACCCCCAGUGACUGGUCUUUUGGCCACGGGCUCGAGGAAGACGAAGAGGAGGAGGAGGAGGAAGUGGUUACUUCUUACGCUUCAGACUUGUCCGAGUCUGUUAUCCAAGAAGCGUUCAUUGAGCUCUCUCAGGCUGACAUUGCAUUCACUAGCCAAGCAGCCAUCAGUGUUUCUCCAGACAACAUUUGUUACGUUAGCGCAGAGAAUAUGAGCGCUCACACCUGCAGCACAUUUGCUGACCACAAGCUUUCCAGUGCCACAUCGGGGACCUCAGGAGAACGAGCUCCCUCCACAGUGAAAGAAGCUCUUUUCACCGUGUCAGGCAUGGCUAGCUGUAUCCCCGUGCCCCAAGCUGGCCAAGCCAUAUCCCAUCUAAAGGAUCCUGAAGACCAGCAGGGUACUAGCUCGACGUAUACUUCACUCUCCACCCUGAAGAAAGGAACUGAUAACGCCAUAUGUACGCAAACUCGCAUGUACGGCCAUGAAACUUGUGGAAAGAGCGACUCCCUCAGAAAAUCGCCAUUCCAAAAGCUCUCUGGUAACAUGGUGGAUGUGGUGGUGACUGAAGCUUGUGAGCUUGGAAGUUCUUCUAAAACCAAGAGAGGUUUUGAUGACUGUGCUGGUUUCCUUGCUAAGGCAGUGGUGAGCCAACGGGAAACUCUAGAUGUUCCAAAUGCGGAGAGGGGUGGACAAAAGAAGACGGCCAACUCUGGCGAUGAUGCAAGUCCAAAUUUGGGUCAAAAAUCUGGUCGGACACCCGGAACCCCUCCGUCCACGCCCCAGCAGCCCAGCCAAGUAUCCGAGGAGAAACAAAUAAAAAGGUUCUCCAAGAAGUUAAAAUGCAAGUUGGCCAAAGAAUUUUCUCCAGCGACGCCUCCUCCAACUCCGCACUAUCACACCGAAUCUGGUCCGGGUCUGACGGAAAACACUCCCGAGUCAGACAAGACCGAGUUCAUGUUAAAACUGAUGAGAUCUCUUUCCGAAGAGGCAGAUGGUAAUGCGGAGGAUGAAGAGGAAGAAUUUCCAGAAGACACCAACAAAUGGGCCGAGUCAGAAGGUCACCUGCAGGAAGUGAAGCAGUUGUCACCUCGUGGGCUCACCAACAAGGAAGCUCUCCGUUAUGCAGAGCAGUUGGCUUGCCAUAUAGUUUCAAUGGCAACUGAGAUCGAUACUCUCGGGGUCGAUGACAAAGUUGGGGAAAUCGCCGGUCCGGGCGAGGGAAGGCGUGACAGCGUCUCUUAUUUCUCAGAGCAAACUUUGAACACCUUGUGGGUGUACGCGGGGGAGGUCGCCGGGGAGGUAAUCAAUGACAUGAAGAGGAUGAUGAGCUCUGUCGACCAGCGCUUGCAUCGUCACGCUUCUCCCAGAAGAAGCGUCGACCGUGCGAGCUUGGAAUGUUUGCGUCAGCAGCACCACUCUCUUGCCGGCGCUGAUCAGAGCAGUGACUGGCGGGUGGAAGGGGUGGCCGAGCCUUGGUCCAACAAUCUCCGAGCCUCGGUUUUCCGCUCGCCUGUCUCCACAUCGAGUAGUUCCAGUUCAGGAUUGUCCUCCGCGUAUCCCAGCUGUGAGAGUGUGACGGAUGAAUACGCCGGCUACCUCAUUAGGGUGCUAAAAAAAGAGGGAGGCAGACACGAGUUAGUCCUCGAUCAGUACGCUAGCCGUCUGGCGUACCGGUCCAUUAAACAAGGUUUGGCUCAUGCUAGUCGCAAGAUAAAAUUCAGAUCUUCCAGUGCUCGCCUUCAUCCCUCAAAGUCGUUACCAGGUGAACAGAAGGCAGCGGCACCGCUCCAGGGCCCAGUGGAGUCAGUAGCUUGUCUCUGUUGUGAGGAUGGGCGGCGUUGUUGCGGAGAAAAUGGUGGACAGAGGGACAGCAUUGAUCCGGUCAACUUUGCAGAAUCUUUAGCAUACAACGUCACGCGUGAUGUUACACGGAUGCUUCGUCUCUCUUCUGUACGUCUCCCAAAGUCUCUCACUGACUCUUGUCUCUACAAGAAAUCCAAUCUUGAAAACUUGACGGAAAACCUCAUUAGGAGCUCGUUCUCCUGCCCUCUGCUGUCCAAGGACAGUAAGGCGAGACACUACCACAGCACAGGAAGCUUGCUUGACGGCGCCCACAGCAAUAGGACGAUGCGGGUCAUUGAGCACUACGCCAAGAAAAUAGUUGAUGACACUCUAAAGAUGAGCCUGGCCUCAGUUGGGCAUUCAUCCUGGCAUCAUCAGAGAACCCCCAGCCCGGACAGACUCUCGCACACCCAAAGGCUGUCUGAAGGGGCGCUGCCAAGUCCCGCUCAGGGUGAGGCGACCUGCUCUUCGUGUCAGCCUCUGGAGUGCUCCUACUGCACCAAACCCAGCCGCCGUCACCACAGGAGGAGAACGGGCCCCGAGCCUUCAGCCAGACCCGAGCGCGUCCGCGGGCUGGAGAUCCCUAAAAUCCACAUCGACCUGGAACACCGGUCGGCAUUUGCGGAACAGGUGGUGUCUGCGGCGAUGGCGAACGCGAAACGCGAGCUGAGCAACACCAGCCUUAACGCAGACAGCGGCAUCGGCCAUGAUGGAACCAGCUACGCCGACAGCGUCACCGCGGAGGUCUUGACCUGCGCGCUUAACGUCUGCCGAGCAGCCGGUUUCAGCUCUCCAGCCCCAGAGUCCACCGUGUCCCAGCAGUUGAGCGUCGGGGACGACAGUCUGGGUAGCUGGUCCAACCUGAGCUUUGAGGAUGACAACAGCAGCUUCCUUCACCUCAGUGACAGCAGCAAUGGAAACAGCAGCAGCUGGAGCAGUCUUGGCCUGGAGGGGGAGCCCUUGGACGAACGCAUGUCAUCCUCGCCUUCAGACAGCGACCGUACGGAGGACAAAGAGGCGGAGGUGAAAGAGGAAUCCAGCGGAACUUUGUGCGAAGACGCCAGCCAGCUGCGGGUCCGCGCGAGCCCGUUGAUCAUCCUGAACUCGGACAUCCGUGAACGGCGGCGGGGCCCUCAGCACGUGACCCUCGACCCCCAGCUGAGGAGCUUGCUGCAGUGGGCGGCGGCCUCCGUGGUCGGGGUCCCUCUGAUCCAGCUCGGUCCCGACACGGAGCUCCAGCAGCUGCCAGCCGUGGUCCAAAGGCUGCGCGAGAGGAAGUGGAGGGUGGGAGAGCUGCUGCACUUCCUGUUGCGCUACUGUGACGAGAGCCAGCCUCACGCUCCGCCCGGGGAGGCGGCCGGAGAAUCCCAGCGCCUCCCCCUCUUCAAGUGGCUCCUGGAGCACACCUAAGCCCCUCGGUAUUUCUCCUGCGCCCGCUGCCAGCAGAGGGCGCUGCGAGGGCCUCGUAAGACCUAUUAGUAGUUUUGCUGCACGUCUUGCUCGAACAAAAGAUCUCACACUUUGCUAGAAAGGAAGCGGACUGACCCGUCCCGUUGGUUCCUCCGGCAAGGCAGCGAGAGUGACAUUUUCUCUGGGAAUUCGCGUGGCUGCCGGCAGACCCCACGAGCUCAUCACGUGCACGGCGCACCUCGACGGCGGCGGCGGCGGCGGCGGGGGGUGGGGCACGCCCGUAGGGGCCACCUUGAAAAAGGUGCAUUUCUUUUCAUCAAGUGUUUCCAUUUUUGUGUUUCUUCAAGCAUAAUUUCCACGUGGCUCGAUUUGAAAUGUUUGCAUUGCGCCUCUUGAAAUUGCCUUUGAAUUGCGCAGUUGAUCCGCCGCUCGAAGCAAAUGCUUUCACGCGCUGCGGAAUAGCCUUAAGACACUUGCCGAGACGUCUUCGAAGUCGGUCGGUGAGAGCUCCUUAACCACGCCUUGGGCUUCUUUAGACGGCAAAAAAAAAUCCUUCUUUCGAGGGCACUUUGCUUUUCGACUUCAAGCUCAUUGACUUCUUUCCAACGGCAGUCCAAACAUCUUCAGACCGGUUGAGACUUUCGCCGGCAAGCUUGUUUUUAGCUUGUAGACCGCACAUUUUUUUUUUUUUUAGAUGCCAAAAAUAGCUGACUGCAGAUUAGUUGCCAUUUUAUUUUUGACGGGUAUCGAGAGUGAUUGCGAUUGCUUACUCGACGACGCUUCUUUGGGCAGCAAAUUCCUUCCGGCUUUUGGCCUCCAAACUGGGCCGCAAAUAAGUUGAGACUCCAAAACGGUAAACCCGGCAAGACAUUGCGCUGCACUGGCUUAGAAUUUGAAGUUCUUUAGACGGCAACGUCGUUGAGGCGACUUUGGACGGCAGACUUUUGCAGGCUUUAGGACGCAAACAAGACUUCCUUAGUUGAGACUUGAGACUUCAAGUCCUGGUCUGCAUUUUGUCCAAUUUGCUUCAAGACAGGAUCAGUCAAGUCCACACCGCGCUCGUUUCAACGGCGGCUUUAAAGUUGCCGCAGCGACCCGACGACGGCUCGUCGGUGCCGUGUCGUGAUUGCGAAAGGUCCGUUGACCCGGAUCGCGUCGCGCUUUAACCGCAGAGAUUCGUCGGUUCCACCCCGCGACCGCGACUUCCCCAACGGAUUCUGUCUGCGUGAAAUGCGCGACCACGGCCGCGUCGACGCUCCGGCGAGGGUGGCCGACCUGUGGCCCGUGGCCCAUGUAACACCCCCGAGAGCAUUUGAUGGGGCCCAGCACGCGAAAAAGUUGGCGCGUCAGCAUCACCGAGACCAUAAAAUUAACGCAGAGCUUGUUAAACAUCAUGCAGUUAAGAGAGAAAACUAUUACUACCACGUCGGUUAACCAUUUAUAUAUAUAUAUAUCUUGAAUAUACAUAUAUGAACAGACGUAGAUCGGGACUGAGCAGUUGUAUUCAUUUGAAAUUGAGCAACUUUGGAUCGAGGGCACGCUGAUAAAAAUGCAAACAUUUGUGGGACGCUUUGCAUUUGUCAUCGGGCAUGACUCGAGGGGCUUUUAUUUUGAAAGCAUCUCGUCACCUCUUCCUGCUUCAACUCUCCAGGCUGCUGACCGUAAUGGUCUUUUUUGUUGUCGUUGUUGUUUUUGGGUAUACGUGUAUGACUUUAAGACAGUGUUUGUCUCAAUAACUGUUUACUUGUGAACUAUAUCACUAAAUGCACUGUAGGAAAAGAAAAACUGUUACACUGUACAAGUAUUUUGAGUGGUUCACGCAGAGACGGAGUUGAAAGGAAUGUCCGGUUACCAAAGGAGGGAGGAUCCGUCCGUCCGUGUACAAAGUCCUUCUGUUGACAUUCCAGCUUAUGUUUGGACGCUGGAUGUGCACCGGCAACAUUUUGUCAAUUUUGGGCCGCUGUUCUAUUUCAGUGUUGGUUUCAGAGGGCCUGCUGCCCGUCCCCCCCGGCCCCCCACAUACUUACACUCCCACCACUCUGCGUUUUGUUCUCGCUAAAUAAAGGUAUUCAAUGAGUUAAGUUAUAUGAGUUAAUAUAUAAAUGUAUAGUGAGCGUGGCAACAUCGUGACAAUGCUGACUAGUGAAUCCACGUUUGUAAGCUUGACGUCAACACUUUGUGAUUAAAGAAACUCGCUGAGAG